GUCGGCCUACGUGAUUGGUCAACGCCCGCCCAGCCUGAUGUCCUAUUGGUUAGGGCUGCCACGCCUCCCUGCGUACGGGCGCCGCACUUCCGCUGGGUAGCGCACCCCGCAGGCUCCGAGCCGCCUCCACCCGCUCGGCGCCAUGGCGUCUCAGGGACCUCGGCGGAGGCCGCCGCGAAGGCCCGAGACGGUGGUGCGGGGAGAGGCGGCGGAGACCGAUUCGGAGCUCUCUGCGUCCUCGUCGGAGGAGGAGGAGCUGUACCUCGGACCGUCGGGCCCGACGCGCGGCCGCCCCACCGGGCUGCGGGUGGCCGGGGAGGCCGCGGAGACUGACUCUGACCCGGAGCCGGAACCGACGGCCGCGCCGAGGGACCUGCCUCCGCUCGUGGUGCAGCGGGAGACGGCCGGGGAGGCCUGGGGGACGGAGGAGGCCCCGGCGCCCGCCCCCGCGCGCUCGCUGCUGCAGCUCCGGCUGGCGGAGAGCCAGGCGCGCCUGGACCACGACGUGGCGGCCGCCGUGAGCGGCGUGUACCGCCGCGCGGGCCGCGACGUGGCCGCCCUGGCCAGUAGGCUGGCGGCCGCCCAGGCGGCAGGGUUGGCGGCCGCCCACAGCGUGCGCCUGGCGCGGGGAGACCUCUGCGCGCUGGCCGAGCGCCUGGACAUCGUGGCCAGCUGCUGCCUGCUGCCUGACAUCCGCGGCGUGCCCGGGGCCGAGCCCGAGCAAGACCCAGGGCCGCGGGCCUAGCCUGGACCCCACGCCCCGCCUGCCUCUGCGUCCUGGGGGCUGAAGGGGGCUUGUGACCUGGCUCAUACCCUAUAUGCCCCCCUCCCAUCUUGCUGUCAUGCUCAGGGCCGACCCCACCCCCUGGAUAACGUUGUGUAUGUGUGUGUGGGGGGCCUGGGAGGGGGAGUGCAAUGGUGCUCAGCCCCACCGCUUGCAUCUGGUUCCUCCCGGUGGUCCUGGCCCUUCUCCCCGGUGCCCAGCCUGUAUCUGAGGCUUGGCUCCAGCCCCUGGAUAACUGGCCGCUCCUGGAUCUGUCUCCAUCUUGGGGGCUCACUGUGCCCCACCUUUCCUUGCGCUCUGCCUUUCCAAGUUUGGAUUUUGCCCUCAGGGGCUGAUGCUGCUGCUUCCCUGAGGAGCCCCAGCGUCUACUAAUGGGGGCCGCCAAUCUCCUCCCUCUACAGACACCGCCCCUCCUCUGGGCUGCGCAUCCUGCAGACUCCGAGCUUCCUGGCGCCUUCCUUCACCCUCCUGCCUCUGCCUCCACUCCUAGCUACACUUCUGGACCCUUUUUCUGUUCCCAGGGCUGGCCCUGGUUCCCUCUUCCUCCUAGCUUUAGCCCUUGCUCUGCCAUCUCCCGGCUGCUGCUCCCGGGGCUUAGCUCCUCCCCUUUGGCCUGAUCCUUCUCCUGGGUCCAGUUUACCCUUAGGAUUGGUUUUGCUUCCUUUUUGCGUUUCCCAUCCUGCUCAUACCACCUGCCUGAUCCUGGGCUCUGGAAACCCUAUGGUUUCUCAUCAGGCCCAAGAUGGGGCCGCCUCCUCCCCACUCUCCAGGCUCAAGAUGGCAUCUCAUCCAGACCCAAGUGUGUGUGUGUGGGGGGGGGUCCCCCGCACCCUCCAAGCCAAGGUGGCACUUUGUGCCUGAGUGUGAGAUACAAAAUGGGCUUCCUCCUGACUCUCCAGGGGGACAGUGGCGCCCCUCAGGCACUUCGGGUCCAGUAUGACUGCCCUGGUACCUUGGGUGCGAUAUGAUACCACUUUGCAGAUAAGGGCCACGCGCGUGGUGUUGGUUUACUGUUGACCCCAGGAUGCUAAGAGGACUUGGAUUUCUGUUCCUGCUUCUGGCUCCAGCCCUAGUCCCUCAGUCCCAUUCACAUGUAUUCCCCUCCCCACUCUUUUAUCCCAACCUAAAGCUGAGGUCUGAGUCCCAGGAUGGAGAGAGUGGGAGAGCGCUCUAUGGCAGAUUCAUUAAAAGGCAAAACAUUUACUGGCAUGGUCAGCUCCUCUCAUCUCCCCACUUAGAGGGGUGGGUUGGUUAGCAAUUUCUCUGAGACUGGGGGUCCCAAGAGAGGGAUCCUUCCUGCCUGGCCUUUUGAAGGUGAAGCUGUAGCUGAAAGUGAGGGCCCCUAGUUCGUUUGUUUUUUGCUGGUUCUGCAUUUAUUUGUAUUUUGUUAACACAUUUACUGGGCACCUGUUCUGUGUCUGUUCUGUGCUGGGCACGGGAUGCAACAACCAGUACAGACCCUCACUGAGCUCACAGCCCACUGGGAGAGACAGACAUUAAUAAAAUACUCUCGUAAAUGGA